AUGAAUGCCUCAACGGCGCAGUCUGAGCAAGUUGAAGUUUUAUCCUACCUCGGUCAAAUGAUGGCUGAGCGUAAAGCAGCGGAUCCAGACUCGUCUUAUGUCGCGAAGCUGUAUCACAAAGGUCUCAACAAAAUUUUAGAAAAAGUCGGUGAAGAAGCCAUCGAGACUGUGAUUGCCGCGAAAGACUUUAAGUCUGAAGCCAAUGAAGAUCAUAAAAAUGAUUUGAUCUAUGAAGUGGCGGAUCUUUGGUUCCAUACUAUUGUGAUCCUCAAGUGGUUCUCAAUGAAUUGGCACGUCGUCAAGGGCUUUCUGGUUUGCUUGAAAAAGCCAACCGCAGCCACUAAGUUUAUUGCCUGUGUCGAAUAUCAUCAAACCGAGCGCGACUUAUGA